CUUUCACGUAAGUUGCAAGUUGUCAGAACCAACCGAACCAACCAAUCAGAGUCUGGAACAUGUUGGCGAAAAUUUGGUUUAAAAGGUCACCACAUUGCCAUAAUAAAAUAACAUUUUUCUCGUGCUGUCGUAGAUCUCAGCAAAAUUAUCUGAUUUCUCAGUUUCUAUAAUGGUAGCGGAAUUUCAAGCUGUUGUUUUUGCUGCCGGCAAAGGAAGUCGUUUCCCGGAAAUAUUAGAAGGAAGACCAAAAUGUUUACUUCCAAUUGGAUCGUACCCGUUGAUCUGGUAUCCUUUGAAAAUUCUCCAAAGACAUGGAUUCACAGAUGUUAUUGUCAUCGCACUGGAGCACGAGAAGUCGGAAAUCCAACAGAGGCUGGAGAAAACCCAACUGCGUAUUAAGAUCGAUUUUUGCACUAUCUCCGGAGAAUCCGAUAUUGGCACGGCGGAUGCCUUACGUCUGAUUUCAGACAGGAUUAGGACUGAUGUUGUUUUGGUAUCAUGUGAUACUAUAGUGGAGUUUAGUCUGUAUCCAGUACUAAAACAAUUUCGAGAACUUGAUGCCUCUUUCGUGAGUUUGUUGGUUCCAAACUGUGCUUAUAAUGUUUCGGUACCGGGCCCGAAAACAAAGUAUAAACUGGAACAAGACCUUUUUGGAAUAUGCGCAAGUUCAAACCGAUUGAUAUUUAUGGGUUCGGCGAGUGAUUUUGAACAAGAUCUUAAACUUCCUGGAUAUCUGCUGCGACAAAAUGGCAAGGUUGACAUUCGAAGUGGAUUGCAGGACGCUCAUAUUUAUGUGAUCAAGAAAUGGGUUUUAGACUUCCUCGAAAUGAGUCCCAAUUACUCAACUUUGAAGGGUGAAUUAUUGCCCUUUAUAGUGAAGAAACAAAUGUUGACAAAUUCAAACACUCAGGUUCAAUCCGACAAACCUGUCUCAGAAGUUAAUGUAAAAAUUAACGCAAAAGAUAUUAAUCAGCUGACGCCCUACACUGCUAUGGAUAAGAAGAUUUUUGAUUCUUCCAUCUUCAACAAAGAACCACCGUCAAUGAAUGAACAGAUACGUUGUUACGUGGUAGUCGCACCCGACAAUACGUUUGGAAUUCGAGUGAAUACGCUUGCAGCCUUCUGUUCCGCUAAUCGGCAAAUUUAUAAAAUAUUUCAAAGUGUCACGGACCUUCCGGAGACUGCCCUAAUUGCACCAAGUAGCGAUAUUAAAUCAAAACAAAUCACCUCAACGGCAGUCAGCGAUCAGGCGGUUGUAAUGGAGAAAACAUCAAUUUCAUCGACGACGAUUGGAGCCAAUUGUACCAUUAAUUCGAAAGUGAAAAUAACCAACAGUAUUCUGAUGGAUUACGUGACCAUUGGUGAAAACGUAACAAUAGAGAACUGUAUAGUGUGUGAAAAAUCGAAUAUCAAAAGUGGUUCAACGUUGCGAAACUGCCUAGUUGGAUCAAAUUAUACUGUACCAAAUAAUACAAUAAAAGAAAACCAACACUUGUCCAAUUCGGAUGGUUUUAUGGAGAUUUAGAAUAUUAGGUUCAGGUUGUAAAUUAAUAAAACUACUGUUGAAGUUCC